CGGCGGCGGCGGCGGCGGCGGCCGGGGCCGGCGGGCGGCGAGGGGGGGGCGGAAGAUGGCGGACGUGCUCAGCGUCCUGCGACAGUACAACAUCCAGAAGAAGGAGAUCGUGGUGAAGGGGGACGAAGUGAUCUUCGGCGAGUUCUCCUGGCCCAAGAACGUCAAGACCAACUAUGUGGUGUGGGGAACUGGAAAGGAAGGCCAACCUAGAGAGUACUACACAUUGGAUUCUAUCUUGUUUCUGCUUAAUAAUGUGCACCUUUCUCAUCCCGUUUAUGUCCGACGUGCGGCCACUGAAAAUAUACCUGUGGUUAGAAGACCUGACAGAAAAGAUCUACUUGGAUAUCUCAAUGGUGAAGCAUCAACAUCGGCAAGUAUAGACAGAAGUGCUCCUCUAGAAAUAGGUCUUCAGAGAUCUACCCAAGUCAAACGAGCUGCCGAUGAAGUUUUAGCAGAAGCAAAAAAACCACGAAUUGAGGAUGAAGAGUGUGUGCGUCUUGAUAAGGAGAGACUGGCGGCUCGCUUGGAGGGUCACAAAGAAGGAAUUGUGCAGACCGAGCAGAUCAGGUCUUUGUCUGAAGCAAUGUCAGUGGAAAAAAUUGCUGCAAUCAAAGCCAAAAUUAUGGCUAAGAAAAGAUCUACUAUCAAGACUGACUUAGAUGAUGAUAUAACUGCCCUUAAACAGAGAAGUUUUGUGGAUGCUGAGGUAGAUGUGACCCGAGAUAUUGUCAGCAGGGAGAGAGUGUGGAGGACACGAACAACUAUCUUACAGAGCACAGGAAAGAAUUUUUCGAAGAACAUUUUUGCAAUUCUUCAGUCUGUCAAAGCCAGAGAAGAAGGACGUGCUCCUGAGCAGCGUCCGGCGCCCAAUGCAGCCCCUGUGGAUCCUACAUUGAGAACUAAGCAGCCUAUUCCUGCUGCCUACAAUAGAUAUGAUCAGGAAAGAUUUAAAGGAAAAGAAGAAACGGAAGGCUUCAAAAUUGAUACGAUGGGCACCUAUCAUGGUAUGACGCUGAAAUCUGUGACGGAGGGUGCAUCAGCUCGCAAGACUCAGACUCCUGCAGCACAACCAGUACCAAGACCAGUUUCUCAAGCAAGACCUCCUCCAAAUCAGAAGAAAGGCUCUCGAACACCCAUAAUCAUAAUUCCUGCAGCUACCACCUCUUUAAUAACCAUGCUUAAUGCAAAGGACCUCCUGCAAGACCUCAAAUUUGUCCCAUCAGAUGAAAAGAAGAAACAAGGCUGCCAGCGAGAAAAUGAAACUCUGAUACAGAGAAGAAAAGACCAGAUGCAGCCAGGGGGUACUGCCCUUAGUGUCACUGUUCCGUACAGAGUAGUGGACCAGCCCCUGAAACUUAUGCCCCAAGACUGGGACCGGGUUGUAGCAGUUUUCGUGCAAGGCCCUGCGUGGCAGUUCAAAGGUUGGCCAUGGCUUUUGCCUGAUGGAUCACCGGUGGACAUUUUUGCUAAAAUUAAAGCCUUCCAUCUCAAAUAUGAUGAAGUUCGUCUAGACCCAAACGUUCAGAAAUGGGAUGUAACAGUAUUAGAACUCAGCUAUCACAAACGUCAUUUGGAUAGACCAGUUUUCCUGCGGUUCUGGGAAACAUUGGAUAGGUACAUGGUAAAGCAUAAAUCCCACUUGAGAUUCUGAGUUACUUGGUUUUCCUUUAUCUGGAAAUCUGGAUUAAGAAGCAUGGAUGUACCUUGAUACAAAGACUGAGACUCAAGCUUUAUGAAUUUAUCAAGAACUUACAAAUGAAGAAGGUCACAGAUUGAUCUUUUAAUAAGACCUUAUUUGAUGCUCUAUGCUUCAACGGGAUGAUGCCUGUCGUCCAUAUAAGCAUACUUUUUGGCUUACAACUAUUUUUUUAAUAUUAGCCUUCUAGUCUGUAAUGAAAAUUGUAUAUUUUGAUAGAAGUUUUUUCUCCAUUGGUUAAGUUAGCAUUACUUAAAAUUUGUUCUUUAGAAAAUAAAUACAGGUUAUAAAUGUGUGUAUAUUUAGAGGUUAUAAGGCUCUCUAAGCCAUCUUGCUUCUGAUUUUUCAUUGCUCUAUAAUUCCUUUACUGAAAAUAUUGUUAUGAAUGGUAUUAAAUUUUAAUUCUUGAACUUCCAAAACCAAGCUAAGGGAUGUGACUAUUUUGAGUGAUUCAAAAUGUCAACCUGUAUGUAUACUAUAUACUUACUCUUUAUUUAAAAAGGAAUAAUGAAAAAUCAAGGACAAUUCUUCACUUUUGGUUGAAGUAUUCAGCCCUUUCAAGACUUCUUAUAAGGAAUACAUUUAAUGAAUGUACAUUCUUCUCACUGACUUUGGUGAUUUUAAAAACUUAGAAUAAUAUAUUUCUAUCUGUGAUAUACCUUUCCACUUGAAAAUUUCAAAACACAGAUUAAAGACUGAAUAGGCUAUAGUACUUUUUAUUUUUGGGAGCCAGAAUAUGAUUUGGGAGAAGGAAAUUUAUUACUCCUAUUGCUGUGCGACUUGACUUCUUUAUGUUUUCUCAGAAGCUUUCCUUUGAAUCUUCCUUUUUGUGGUGUAGGAUUUUGAGUCUUCUGUUUCCAGGCAUGUCGAUCUUGGAGUUCUUACCUUCCAUCAUCCCUAAAUAUUGAUAAAUUCUCCCAGACACCAAAGAACAUUUGCAUAAUUAAGUGUCUGAACAGAAACAGGAUAAAAACACUGGUUAUUUUUAUGUGCAUAUGCAAUGUUGCAGUGUCAUAUAAAAUAUAAAACCUAUAUUUUAACUUAGUAAAAUAUUUUACUACGUCUCUACUUUAGACAGAGUAUUGCAUCCAAGGUACAAUGAAUGAAUAAGCAUUUUUCUUGAGUUUUUAUUUCACUUUUAAUUAAAUAUGAGCCCUUUUUUACUCUUUCCUUUCAAGAAUUUUUGCCAUUGCAAUUGUUGCUAAUCAUUUGUCAUUUACUUUUGUCCAUUUUUCCUGCCCUCAGUGGUAUUUCUUCAGUUUACAUACUUUUUGAGAAAGAUGUAACUUCUUUUUAUGUGACGCUGAUAUUACCUGGCCUCAUUUUUAGAUUUACAACUCUUAUGAAAAUGAGAAGCACUUAACUAUUUAUUUUUAAAGUCACCAUCAAUGUCUGUACCAGUAGUGGAGAACAAAAAAAUAUUCAUGGAAUUCACUAGGUUUAUUUCAGAAGUAAAGCAGUCAAGCAUUUUAAAUAACUAGGUUUUAGGAUAUUUAUAAACAUUUCCCCUUCUUUAUUGCAUCCUUUCUUGAAAAUAAAACUCAAAUCUGUUCACAUUAGAAUUUUUCAACAUAUAAAUGUUUUCCAAAUAAAUUAUGUAUUGUGUAAACAUUCUCCAUGAUGAAAUAGUCAAGGACUAGAAUCUGUAAUAUUUUAAUGUAAGAUUAUUUGUUAAGACUACUACAAGUGGACAUGAACUACCUUUCUAUAAAUAUUUUUAGUAUUUAUACUUAACGUCAUGUAUGAAAUUUACUUACAGAGUGUAGUUAAAAUUGGAAACAUCUACUUUAAACAGGGUUUAUUUUUCUAUCUUGAAUUUGCCUUACCUAUAUUCAGAGGCUUCUGGAAAUAACAAAGAAUCAUUAGGAAAAGUACAAAUGUGCUAUGUCUUACGUUUUAAAAUCAAACUCUCAGUGUUUUUUAAAUUUUUUUUUUAAAUUUGGCAGUAACUCCUGUAUUAAGUUCAUGUAAUUAAUUUUAUAACUAUUCUGGGGAAAAAAAUGAGACCAAAAAAUGUUUCAGCCAGUAACUCUUAGUUCUCUCAUGGCUCCAAGUUCUGCCUGACUCCAAGCCCACUCAUAGUGCCUUGCACAUAGUAGGCUUUCAGGAAAUAGUUACAGGCACAAAUGAAUAAUGUGUAUUCAGUGAAAAUGACUUGUUUCUUUGAUGUACAUGGUUUUGGAGUUUGAAAGUACAGAUAGAAUUAAUAGGGAGUGAAGAGGUGUGAGCAAGUAUUUUACUGGACAUGAAGUAUGCAUUAGUAAAUUGAUUUGCUCAUAAAUUACCAUUAACUUGAAGAACACCCAGAUUUUUGUCCUACCACUAAAGGAAAGCUCAAAUUUUUUUUAUUCAUAGGCUACUUCCUGAAUCAGGUAACAAUGCAAAGCCUGUAGACUUCAUAAACAGCUCUCAAUCUGAGAGUAAUUUGGAAGCUUUGAAAAAUACCGACGUCUGAAUCUAGAUUGUUUUAAAUUGCCUGAGACAAGAUCUGGUUAUGAUUUCUUUUUUGUUUUCCGGGUAAUUUUGUUUUUAGAAAGGAAUAGGAAUCACUGGUUUAAUUUGCUAUUGAAAACAUUACCAGUAUUAAAUACUGUGUUUCUCCCCCUUCCCCCCAGCCCCAAAUUUGUAUGUGUGUGACCACCCUUUGCACUAGACCAUCCCCAUUAUUGGUGGGAUUGGCCUAUAGUUCCACAUGAAAAAUUCAUCUUAUUUAUUUAAUAUAGGAGUAUUUUGCUGUUUAAUAUUUAAACAAUGUUUAAUAUAUUUCAUUAUAAACUAGUAUUGUAGUUUAUGGUUUGUUUCCCUUGUGUCCAUAUCCAUUACUAACUUUUUUUUAACAGCAGCAUGACAAACUCCAUACAGCAGAAAUAACUAAUUCACAAUGAUGAAAAUUUCAUGAUUUUUAAAGUAGAAGGAUGUGAAAUAUUAACUUAUCUGCCAUGCAGAAUUAGACAAUGGGAGUUUGCUGAUGAAAGGUGGAGGCUUCCUUUUCCAAUUGGUCUACACGGAAAAGUAAAAGUAAAUUUUCAUUUAAAUUUCAUUAUCUAAUAAAAUUGAAGGAAAUAUUUUUCCUAAAUAAAAGUUUUGUGACUCCUAACAAAAUUAAAGUGAUGACAUUGUUCUUUAUUGGAUGGUGGGGAGGGGUAGUAAGUUGCCAUAUUCUUAACAUAUAGCAGUUUCAUUUUAUUGGUGUUAAUAGAAGUACUGAUGUUAGGAUAUACAGAUGUGACCAGAAAUAAAGUACCACUCUGCACAU